GGAGCUCAAGAUUUUUGAAGGAAAGUUUCGUUUUUUUUUUUUUUGCGGAAUCGAAUCUGUUUUCUGCGUUAUGGGUUGUGUUCAAUGCAAAUGUUGUAGCCGAUAUCCGUCGUCAUCAUCAGAUGGAGAUUCUCGUGGACCUUUAGAAGCCAAUGGUAUUGUCAAAGGGAAAGAUCAGAAACCUCUUGGAUCUAUUCACGUUCCUUCUCCUAAUUUCGAUAUGGUUUACUCUGUCUUAUCUCAACGAGGCUAUUAUCCUGAUUCACCUGAUAAAGAGAAUCAAGACACUUACUGCAUCAAAACCGAGCUUCAAGGUAACCCGAAUGUUCAUUUCUUCGGUGUCUUUGAUGGUCACGGUGUGUUUGGUACGCAGUGCUCGAAUUUUGUUAAGGAGAGGGUUGUGGAAAUGUUGUCUGAAGACCCAACUCUGCUUGAGGAUCCGGAGAAAGCUUACAAGUCUGCUUUUUUGAGGGUUAAUGAGGAGUUACACGAUAGUGAAAUCGAUGAUUCGAUGAGUGGUACUACUGCCAUUACGGUUCUUGUUGUUGGGGAUAAGAUUUAUGUUGCCAAUGUAGGGGAUUCGAGGGCGGUUCUUGCUGUUAAAGACAGGAAUCGGAUUCUAGCAGAGGAUUUGUCUUAUGAUCAAACGCCUUUUAGGAAAGAUGAAUGCGAGAGGGUUAAAGCUUGUGGUGCUAGAGUGCUGAGUGUGGAUCAAGUGGAAGGACUGAAAGAUCCGAAUAUACAAACAUGGGCAAACGAAGAGAGCGAAGGAGGUGAUCCGCCGAGACUUUGGGUACAAAACGGGAUGUAUCCGGGAACCGCAUUUACAAGGAGUGUUGGAGAUUUUACAGCUGAGAGCAUUGGAGUUACUGCAGAACCGGAAGUGUCAAUGGUUCACCUUUCGCCUAACCAUUUGUUCUUUGUUGUUGCAAGCGAUGGGAUUUUCGAGUUUCUUCCAAGCCAAGCUGUUGUUGAUAUGGUGGGGAGAUACGCUGAUCCGCGCGAUGGAUGCGCUGCAGCUGCAGCGGAAUCAUACAAACUGUGGUUGGAGCAUGAGAAUAGGACAGAUGAUAUCACAAUUAUCAUAGUACAGAUUAAAAAGCUGUCUAAUGAAUGAAUCACAUUCCUAUUUGCCCCUUUGUUUGAUUCUUCUGUACUGUAAUGUCACAGAUUCCAUCCAACUAUAUAGCAAAGUUAAAAGUAAUGCUCUCUCUUUUGUGUAUGAGCUUCUUUUACCAAAGAUUCAAUGACGUGUUUACUACGCUAUUUGCUCUUAAACGUUGCUUGUUGCAGAGAAUAAGCUCUUGAUGACACA